GUGCUGGUGGCCGUGGUGUGUGCACUCUCCGAGGGGCCGGUAGUCGAGGUCAUCAAUGAAAAGUGGAGAAAUGGCCAGAUUGACCCAGUUUGUUGAAAAUGAAGUCAUCCAAGCUUUUGCUACUUAUGCAACUAUUGUCGUUCUGAAAAUGAUGCUAAUGAGUGUUACAACAUCAUACUUCAGACUCACGAGAAAGGCCUUUGACAACCCAGAAGAUACAGCAUCAUUUGGAAAAGGCGAAAACGCUAAAAAAUUCCUGCGGACUCAUCCAGAUGUUGAUCGUGUACGCAGAUGCCACCUGAAUGACCUGGAAAAUAUCGUCCCUUUUUUUGGUAUUGGACUGCUGUAUGCUCUUAGUGGCCCUGAGCUUUCCUCAGCCUUGCUGCACUUCAGGAUCUUCACUGCGUGUAGGAUCCUUCACACUUUUGCCUAUUUGAUCCCUCUUCCCCAGCCCAGCAGAGGUUUGUCUUGGGCAAUAGGGUAUGUGGUGACCUUUUCUAUGGCAUACAACGUAAUGAAGUCAGUGCUGUACCUGUAGCAGAGUCAUAGCUUCUGUGUACCAUUUGACAUUCCAUACAAAGUUUCCAGGAGUGUAUGCUGAUGUCUUGAAGGAGCCAGCAUUCCGUGGUGACUGGAAUUAAUUUUUUAACAGAGGCCUUUCUUUCCUGUUCAGAACUGUUUCUUUUUGGAAGGGGGGAGAAAAGAAGAAGCCUUUCUCUCUGUAUUCCCUAUUCAUGGGUUGCAUUGCCAAAAUAUUAGGUUGAGUGUUCCCUUUGUGAUUUGUCAAGUGCUUACAAUUCUAAACAUGCGAUAGUUCUGUAUUGAUAGCAUGUGUGGUAAUUUUCUACAGAUGCACUAUUUUUGGCUGUAGCACUGAAGUCUAAAUCAAUAAAGACAAGAGGAAAAAUAAGCAUGUUUGUAUUUUUGUUUUCAUUUUGACUCUUCUCACUGCAGCCAGCAAAUAGCAUGU